ACCGGCGCAGCUGACCGAUUUCAAACUGAACGGCGGGUAGUUGGAGCUCACGGAGAGAAACACAACAGAGGCCCAUUGUCGAGAAUUUGACCCCAAAAAGUGUUACGAAAAUGACCAGCACUUUGAAAGGAAUUACCCUGAAAGGAAGCGCUGAGCUCGUGGCCGAAUUCUUCUCUUUCGGUAUCAACAGCAUCCUGUACCAGCGCGGCAUCUAUCCGCCGGAGACGUUCACCAGAGUCACCCACUACGACAUGAGCCUCCAGCUCACCACCGACCCCAAGCUGAAGAACUACCUGACCAACGUGGUGUCUCAGCUCAAAGAGUGGCUGUUUGAGUGCACGGUGCAGAAGCUGGUGCUGGUGAUCACGUGUCUGGAAACCAACGAGGUGCUGGAGAGGUGGCAGUUUGACAUCGAGUGCGACAAGUCGGCCAAGGAGAGCAGCGCUCCCAGGGAAAAGUCCAUUAAGACCAUUCAGGACGAGAUCCGCUCCGUCAUCAGACAGAUAACGGCCACAGUCACGUUCCUGCCUCUGCUGGAGACGCCAUGUGCGUUUGACCUCCUGAUCUACACGGACAAAGACCUGGUCGUCCCGGACAAGUGGGAGGAGUCUGGGCCUCAGAUCAUCGACCAGUCGGAGGAGGUUCGCCUCCGCUCCUUCACCACCUCCAUCCACAAGGUGAACAGCAUGGUGGCCUACAAGAGGACCGACUCCGCCUGAACCAGCUGCAUAUAGACCCCCCUCCCUCAACCCCCCCCGUACAUAAACUAGUAGGUUUUACAUGGCUCUGUCUGACCUCACAGUCUUCGCCUUCGUUUUUUCCCUUUUCACGGCCUUCGCGUCGUCUCAUUUGUUUAUCUGGGAUGGAUGUGAAGACGAGCUGCUCUACACCUGGUGUAAAUAUUUCUCAUAUUUCUCAGUGUUUGUCUUUAGUGCUUUCGCUUUCUUUUCAAAAUGUCAACCUCUGUUUUAGAAGAUAGUGGUUUAUAUGUUCAACCUUUUUUUAAAAAAGAAAACAACUCAUAAAUGCC